CCGUGGCGUCCGGACGCCGCGACGGGAAGCGCGGAGGGUGCGCUGCCCGGCAGCCAUUAUCCCGAGCUCGUCCAAGCGACCGCUGGGUCGCUUCGGCGGCCUUUUCCCACGCAUCUGGUGUGGAGGUGGGGCUGCCAUGGCGCCUUAGCCUCGCCCCCGCCCUCCCCUUGUUCCCUGCGGCGGUCGCUGGAGGCGCGGCCCAGCGCGGCCUAGGCGGGAGGGCGGAUCCCCGGCCUCGCGUAGCGGCCCCUGCCCGCCCAGGGCCGCCCUCGCCGGGGGGCCAUGUCCCUGGUGGCCUACGCCAGCAGCGAGGAGGAGAGCGAUGCGGAGGAGGCCGCGGGUGAAGAGGAGGAGGAGGAGGAAGAGGAAGAAGAGGAGGAGGCCGCCGCCGCUUCGCCUCCUGCCGCCGAGCAGCAGCAACCCCCGCCUUCGGGGCUUUUCGCUUCUUUGCCUCCCCCCAAAGCUCCCGCUGUGCCCGCUUUCCCUCUUCUCCCGCCUCCCCCACCUUUCCUUAUGGGCCCUCCGCCUGGUAUGAGGGGCUUUGGCAGCUCCGCACCGGGGAGUGGGGAGCAGCCCAGGCUGGGGGGGCUCCUCCUGCCUCCCCCGAGAAACGCUGCCACCACCGCCUCUACCCUCAAUCUGCCCCCUCCUGUCUCGGAAUCUGCUUCUCCGCCCAGCGCUGGGGUGGAUUUGAGCCUCCCCAAGCCAAAGAAGAGGACGGAGCCGGUGCGGAUCACGGUGCCCGAGUUGCACAAGGGAGAUUCAGAUUCAGAGGAAGACGAACCAGCAAAGAAGAAAACCCCUCUCCAGGGACGCGGCGAGGGCUCCGGUUUAUCGGCUUUGCUUCCUCAACCCAAAAACUUGACAGUGAAAGAGACCAAUCGGUUACUUUUGCCCCACGCUUUCUCGAGGAAAGCGGGAGAAAACGCCUCCGAUUCCAAGCCUGCUAAAGCCCCGACCUCUUCCUCCACAACAAAACCUCUGUCCAAGCCGGCCGUGCCCACAACUCCCUCUCCAUCUGCUAUCAAAGCUGCUGCCAAGAGCGCUGCGCUGCAGGUAACCAAGCAGAUCACACAGGAAGAAGAUGACAGCGAUGAAGAGGUGGAGCCAGAGAACUACUUCUCCUUGUCCGACAGGAGCGAGCCCAGCGUGGCAGGUGCUGAGGCGUAUGUGUACUCUGGCACAGCGCUGUCGGAGGAGCCACCACCCGGGACAGAGCCAGAGCCGCAGUUCCAGGACGCUGCUGCAAAUGCCCCUCUGGAGUUCAAGACUGGUGCAAGUUUUAGUGGUGCUCAGCACAGCUGGGCGCCGAAACCCAGAGAAGACUACGGCAGCCAGCCGUAUGGCCAGUUCCCUGCCUACGGCGAGGCCGGCGGAGCGGGCGCUUAUUAUCAGGAUUACUACAGCGGUGGGUACUACCCAGAGAUGGAACCAGCCCAGGCACCGCCGCCGGAGACCAGCACCGACUCCUCUUUCAUAGACGACGAAGCGUUCAAACGUCUGCAAGGCAAGCGGAAUCGAGGGAGGGAAGAGAUCAACUUUGUGGAUAUCAAAGGUGAUGAUCAGCUGAGCGGAGCCCAGCAGUGGCUCACCAAAUCCUUAACAGAGGAGAAGACCGUGAAGUCGUUCAGCAAGAAAAAAGGAGAUCAGCCCACGGGACAGCAAAGGAGAAAACAUCAGAUCACGUACCUGAUCCAUCAGGCGAAGGAGAGAGAACUGGAACUGAAAAACACAUGGUCUGAAAACAAGCUCAGCCGACGUCAGACUCAAGCCAAAUACGGAUUCUAACACUUCCGUCCCGCUUUUUGGCUUUCGUGCCAGGUGACCUACGGUGUCGGACUCCUGGAGACCGUGUGGAACACGGUCUGCUUGGCAGGUGGGAGGAUGCCACGCUCUCCUGCCUGGCUGGAGGAAGGUUUAGCGCAAGCCGGUCCUGAAACUCCACCUGUAAUCUUUCCCCUCCAUCCUUACGAACGUGGAAGGUUCAGAUCAGGUCUGUUUUAUACGACUGGCAGGCACGAGGGACUGUGCCUGCUGCCAGGUUGAGAGCUUUUGUCCUGUAGGCACAGGGCCUUUUCCUCCCUCCAUCACCGUAGCCGUGCCACUGGAACCUUAGGCAGAGUCUCAAUAAACUCCCAGUUCCCAUUUUUCUCCUUUCUUGGAUGCGCUGUGCAUUGACAGUUUAGUUUUUCUUCCUGAAAGUGAGUUUCAAGAGCAGGCCUGGCUUUUCUCUUCUUGUUCUUUAAUUUGAGACUUCCUCACGGCUGCUUACUCCUGUCCAGGUGAAUCCAGUCCUCUCCUGUGAAGGAUUUUGGUAUCCUUUUUUUUGUUGAAGUGUGGCUAAGUCAGUGUUUUUAUUCUCAGCUCCACUGGCUCGCGUGUCUGGAACCGCGUUGAAGGGAGGAAACUCCUUUACAGGUCGGAGCUUGCCCUAGGAGUAAAAAUGCCUCGAGUGUGGAAGGCACAAAAAGCAGCGAGGAUCUCUCUUGCCCGGCACGAGAGGGCAUUUGGAUAAACGUGAUCGCUGUAUGUAUGGGGGUUUUUUUUCCCUCUCCUUUCCUCUUUCCCCUCUCCAAGCCCUACGGCGCUGUCACGGGCUGCUCCAGACUUGUUAAACUGGGCUUUUUCAGCGUCGCACGCAGCGGUGCGGCUGGCGGGAGCUCGUCGAGCGCUGCAGCAGCGUUUCCUCGCAGCAGACACAGAGGAAAGCUGCCAACUGUACAUGAUAAUGUUUUUUUUUUUUUUUUCCAGCUUGUUUGUAUUAAUUCUGUUUUGAUUAAGUGUUAACUUUACCCUCCUGGCUGGGAAGAGGAAACUCUGUCCGGCCUUAACUUUGGGAAGUGAAAUCUUUCUUUAAGGUAUCAGGUCUAGGCAAUCCGACUGCAAAUCAUGUGCAGCUUUGCUGGCCGGAUCCACCGAUCUUUAGCCAAAUCUCUGUGGCCUCACUUCGAGUUUGUGGUUCACCAAAGCGCGUGAUGCCGAAGGGAACAGAGAGCUGAUCUGGUUAUUUAACUUACAUUCCCACCAACUAAGGGUUAUAUUUGUUGUAACCGCAACUAAAAACAGCUAAUAUUUGUUACUCCAUUUAGGAAAACUCCACAAGGUUGGUUUUCCAUGUUACCUGUUCAAAACAAGGAAAACUCCCAGGAAUGAAGUCUUUUCUUAGCAUAUUUUGAAAGAAUAUGAUUUCUAGUUUAGUUCCCUGGAUGUUUUAGUACUUUGCAGAGCCCAUUUUGAGUAUUUGAAUGACCGGAAUAAAGUUACUGUUGAGUAAUUUAUUCAUAU